AUGGGACAUCACUCAUGCUGCAACAAACAGAAAGUGAAGAGGGGGCUAUGGUCCCCGGAAGAAGAUGAGAAGCUCAUCAACUACAUUACGAAUUACGGCCAUGGCUGCUGGAGCUCAGUUCCAAAACUUGCUGGUCUCCAAAGAUGUGGAAAGAGCUGCAGACUGAGAUGGAUAAAUUAUCUGAGACCUGACUUGAAACGCGGGAGUUUCUCUGCCCAAGAAGCUGCACUCAUCAUUCAACUCCAUAGCAUUUUAGGCAACAGAUGGGCUCAGAUAGCCAAGCACCUACCAGGAAGAACAGAUAAUGAAGUGAAGAACUUUUGGAACUCGAGCAUAAAGAAGAAGCUUCUGCCCCAUGAAGUCAUUCCUGCUUUUGCCUCACCAUUCUCUCAUUUUCUUAACUCUAGUACUGCUGGUUCUGAUCAGGAAAGUUUCUUCACUACUCUAAUCACAAACCCUAAUUUGGGUCUUCAACAAGAACAGCUUUACCUUCCCAUUCCCACACCACUGCCACCAUCUACUUUCUACCAUGGUGAUCAUAGCAUAUUCAAGUUAGACUACACCAAUUACAGUUCCAACCGUCUUCAUUUUGCUGCCCCCAUUCAGUUACCAUCAAACUAUUCGUCGUCAUAUGACUCCUCGUGGUCAUUGGGUUAUCAACCCCAUCUAUUUGAUUCAAAUAAUCAACAAGCUCAUAUUUUCAACAGCAUUGAAGUUUCUCCACACUUUAGUAUUGGAAAUGAGCUUAUGGUUCCAAGUGUGGCAUCUCUACCAGGUUAUGAUGAUCAUGAGAAUCUAUCAGUUUUACCCACAAUGCCUCAGUUUUGUGAGAUCAACAUUGAUGGUAAUUCUUGCAGAGAAAUACCAUUUGAUCCACCUGAUGACCAUCCUCCACAAAAACUUGACUCACUUGCAAAAUUAUCAUCAUGUUUCGGCCCAUUUGGUGAUCAUGGCUCUUAUAAUCCUUUCGAUAUGCAGCUUCCGUCAAAUCAAUUGGAAAUAGUUGAUCCCGUCGUAUCAUCAUUGCCAAUAUUAUCACAGCCUGCUUUCUCAUCAUCUGCGUCUUCAUCCUUGUCGCCACCGCUACCGAGUAGUCAAUUAUUCAUCGCGAACCCUAAUGUUCUUUCAAGCUUGGGAAGCAUGGCAAGCUAG